AUGACAAUUCGAGUGUCCGUGGGUUUGCUGAGCGGCGCGCAGCGGGACGUGGAGGUUGAUCCGCAGGAUGCAGUUUGGGUCCUGCAGCUGCAAGCAGCGGCAGCUCUCGGAGCACGCCUUCAGGGCUUAGUGACUCCGGAGGGCAAGGUCCUUGCGCCCCACAGCAAAGUGCAAGAGUCCCUGCGGGAUGGUGAUGCUGUGACCAUGCUACUGAGCCGUGUGCCGCGGCUUCAUGCUGGCUGCGCUGCCUUUGCUGUGGUCUCCGAGCAUGGAGAAGCACUUGCCUGGGGCCACCCCCAGCGAGGGGGCGACUGCUCGGCAGUCCAGGACUCUCUCGUAGGCGUCCUGCAGCUCAGCACGCACUCUUUCGCGUUCGCAGCUCUUCGAAGAGACGGCUCUGUCAUCACUUGGGGCAAUGCUGGCCGGGGAGGCGACAGCAGCUUCGUGAAGGGAGACCUCCACAGUGUCGACUUCCUUUGUGCUUCUGCGCAUGCCUUCGCAGCCGUGCGGAACGAUGGUACUGUCAUCACCUGGGGUCAUCCACAGAUGGGUGGUGACUCGAGCGCGGUGCGCGAACAGCUGGUUGGGGUCAAACAGAUUUGCGCCAACUCGCACGCAUUUGCGGCUCUUCGGAAUGAUGGGCGUGUGAUUGCAUGGGGCCACCCUGAGCAUGGUGGGGACAGCAGUGCAAGACAGAACGAUCUGGAGCGCAGUGUGGUGACGCGUUUGCACGCCAACCAGUUUGCCUUUGCAGCGGAGACGGCGGAUGGCCGGCUCCUCGCCUGGGGCUGCCCAGAUCGAGGGGGCGACGUAAGUUCCGUGGCGGCUUCCAUGGCAAACCUGCUUCCGGCUCAGGACGUCUCCUCCAACGCAAGCGCCUUUGCAGCGCGGCUCCAAGAUGGCAGCGUCGUGACCUGGGGAGAUCCGGCCUUUGGAGGCGACUGCUCCUCAGUGCGCCAAUCGCUGACUUCCGUCAAGCGAGUGUACAGCUCACGUCGCGCGCUCGCAUUCGCAGCGAUCACAGAUGACGGCUCAGUUGUCACAUGGGGCCACCCAGAUAUGGGUGGCAACAGUGCGGAUGUACAGCACCAGCUGAUCGAUGUGCUGACCAUCGAAGUGUACUCCUUUGCUUGGGCAGCUCUCCGAAGGGAUGGCCGGGUUGUGACGUGGGGAGAGUCGCAAAAGGGUGGAGACAGCAGCAUGGUGCAAGAACAGCUGAGAGAUGUCGAGCAGGUGUGCGCUAACGCCUAUGCCUUCGCAGCCGUUAGACGGGAUGGUACCGUGGUAACGUGGGGCCAAGCCUUGCGUGGCGGUGACAGCAGCUAUGUACAGCAUCAGCUCAUCAACGUGGAGUUUAUCUACGCUACCGCUGCAGCUUUCGCGGCAGCACGAACAGACGGCACAGUUGUGACUUGGGGCGUGCAGCAAACUAUCUUCACAGCCGGGGCAGGCAACGCUCUGCAGGCAGCUGUCGCAUCCAUAGUGCGCCGGCCUCUCGACGAGGUUCCAAACUUUCUCGAAGAUCCAGCUGGCUAUGACAAGGCCUGCCAGACUUGGCUGGCGGCACAGCGAAUGACCUGGCGAAAGAUUUCGCUGGAAGAUGGGCGACUUCCGAGAGAUGCUGUAACUUGUGUGGGGAAGCUCUGCGUACUGCGCGGGACGUCCCCGCGUGGCGAUCAUGGCCAUGUGGUCGUGGCGCGGGCCUGCGGCACGGGGCUCCAUGACCCCUACCCUGGCGAGCUGGCCGCCGACAUGCUGAAGCCUCCCUUUGUCUGGGCGGCUGUGAUCAUAUGGAUUGUGGCUCCAUUGAUCCGCACAAAGGCCACCACGGCCUUCAGUCUGGCGAGGGACCACAGCCUGCCAGAGGUUGCCACAGAGCUGCCGCCAGAUCAGGCGCUUAGGCAGCCGCUGUUGGCCUCCUCCUCGGACGAAUCGGAGGCAUGGUCUUUACUCAGCGGCAACUCCCCGAUGCGAGUCCACCGGGAAUUCGCCCAUGCCAGCACGCAGUGUCCGGCUCCUGCAGACGAGGAGGCAGUGCCGGCUCCCCAGGAAGAUCCGGAUGUGGACGAGGAGAGCAUCAGGCGGCGCGCCCGUCACCACUGCCUGCAGCUUUGCUGCGCACGGCUUUGCUGCUCGUGGUGCUGCAAGUGUAUGGUCCUGGUUGUCGUCGUCAACGCCUUUUUCUUAUCAGGUCCUCUUAGCAAGCCGAUGUGGAUCCCGAUUAGUCAGCAUGCCGCGUGCGAGAACUGCGACGAUCUGCCGCGAAGCGCUGACGCCUUUCGUCAGGAAGCUCCAAUGGAAGGUGGCCUCGCAGCUUGCGAGGAUCUUUGCAGUUCGUAUCCAGACUGCCAGGCCGUGGACUGGUUCAACGACACAAGGUGGUGCAACUUGUACACGCAGCCCUGCCUGAAGCCGACGGCAAGCUGGGAUGGCGCAAGCUCAUAUCAGAUUGCUGUGAGCUGCACGCUGUUCAAUGGCACGAGCGGUGUCAUGAUCGGAGGGCACUGUAUGGCCGGCAUCGAAAUACCUACUACUUGGUCGGUUGUGAAACGCGAGAUUCCCAAGCUUUUGUCUUCGCCGAGAAGUUGGCUUUGCUCACUCAGCGUGGCUCUCAUCUACACGUAUGUCACGUCGUCUUGGCUUCGUGGAAAGAUGCGGCCUGUGGUCUUGUGGAUCAUGCCAAAGGGCCCACGCGGUCGGAGUGUUCUUGCUUGGUUGCUGCUGUUACUCGGGUGGUGGGCCUUCACCUACCACGAAUUCGGUCUGCCUACGAUGGCAGCCAAAGGAGAAACCGCAGAAGGAGGGAUAUUUGGACAGAUGGCUCUGGAACAGAAGCUUUGGUAUGGCGUCAGCUUCCUGGCGCUGCUCCUGCUGUGUUGCCCAUGUUCCCGCAGCAUCAUCCUGUCGGCCAUGCUUUCGCUGGGCACCUGCAUCAUGUCAGCCACUGGGCAAGAUGCCUCACACCGGACAUGCAUGCUACGCUUGCAAUCCAAGACGAAUUGGGUGCAGAACCAGGUUUGCUGUAGUAAGUUCGCUAUGGCGAUUUAG